CGGUCUGAUUAACAGAGCUUCUCUGUAGGAUUACAGUAUUGCACCAGUACAUGACGUUUUAUCUAAACAUUUAGAGUAGAGCACCUCUUUAUGCGUAACAUGUUUGUGGAAUAGACACAAGAAGAAGAGUGAAGAAAUACAGAAGAACUAUACUGGGCUAUUGAUGAAAACAGACACCAUGACUCAAGGAAAGCUUUCAGUGGAAAACAAGUCGAAUGAAGGUUCAUUACAGACUCCUCAACCUCCAAGCUAUCAGGAGGCGACUGCAGGUGAAAGCCCCAGUUACAGUGACACUUAUCUUAAUGAGGAAGAAAUGUUCACGCAGUUCUGCUGGGACGAUGUGAACGUACGGCGGAUAUUUAUACGGAAGGUCUAUGCCAUCCUAUUACUCCAGCUCUCUGUCACUCUGGCCAUCGUGUCUCUCUUCACUUUCUGUGAGCCGAUAAAGGACUACAUUCAGUCUAAUCCUGGCUGGUACUGGGCAUCAUAUGUAGUGUUCCUUGUAACCUACCUGACGUUGUCCUGCUGCGUUCAGCCAAGGAGACGUUUUCCAUGGAACCUGAUUUUGUUGACCGUCUUCACUCUGUCACUUUCAUAUAUGACAGGAAUGUUGUCCAGUUACUACAACACCAAAUCUGUGAUGAUCUGUUUGGGUAUUACAGUCCUGGUCUGUCUCACUGUCUCAGUGUUUAGCUUUCAGACAAAGAUUGAUGUGACCUCAUGUCAGGGUGUGCUAUGUGUCAUAUGCACCUCGUUCUUCAUAUGUGGACUGGUCCUGGCUUUAAUUAUUCCUUUUGCCCAUGUUCCUUGGAUGCAGACCGUGUUUGCUGCACUUGGAGCAAUACUGUUCAGCAUGUUUCUGGCGUUCGACACACAGCUCCUGAUGGGAAAAAAGCGCUACAAUAUAAGCCCAGAAGAGUACAUUUUUGCAACGCUCAAUAUCUAUCUGGACGUUGUGUACAUCUUCUCCUUUAUCCUCCAGCUUUUUGGAAUGCAGAAGGAUUGAGCCGAGAUUUUCAUUGCUCUCCUAAUUAAUGCACUUCCAGGGCAUUUUUUUUUUCACCUUGCUGUAUUUUGGAGUGAUUUGGAAUCUUGUGAAGAUCACUGUGUGUAUUGCUGUUCACUUUGCAUGAGAAUUCUGUAAUGCUCGUGUAUUUUCAAGCUAAUCUUUACCAACCCCAGCUUUAGUUUUGCCACGUUUCCCAAUACUGAGAAAAGAAUUGUACACUUGUAACACUAACAUUAAAGGUUUUCCUAGGAAGGGAAAAUGUAAUUACGUGCAAGAAAAUACUGCAUAAAAAAUGCAACAGUGCUCAUUAAUUGGUCAUAAAAUAUUAAAUUAUGUACAAUUAAAUUAUGUACUGUUUCAAAACCACAUAGUCAGAAGUAAGCCAGUGAGGAAAUAAUUAAAAACAGAAAAAAAAUGACUAAAGUGUAAUAGAGUAGGGCACAAAUGAUCUAAAAUACAUUAAAAAGUGACCGUUAAUGUGCUAAAAUGUUAUUUACUCCACUAUAUCAGAGAAAAUUGUAUUUGUAUAUUGAGAAUCAUCCAGGAGCUGGAUCUAAAAAAAAAAAACACACAAUGUGUAAUGCAAUGUGUAUGAAUAACGUGUAAUAAGAAAGACUGUGAGCCUCACAAGAUUCAUAAACUUGCAAGGUGAUUUUCACUUUCUAGAAAAGUGUCAAAAUACCAAAGUAGUUUUGAUGGUGUAUAUAUUUUUGACAGAAAGUAACAGAAAAACUGUGAAGUGUGACAAUAUAAAUAAUAUAAUCUUCAGUGCCAAAUGUUUAUCAUACAUAAAAGUCUGAUGCCUGAUCUCUAAGACACAAAUAAACAGCUCCAUACUGGUGUGUUUUAUUGAAUGGUCUCUCUUAAAAAAUCUCUAUUAUUUAUCACAUUGUUAAUAGUUAAUUCAUAAAAGACAUUCAGUAUUACAGAUGACAUAAUGCUUUAUGGUUUACAGGCACCAGAGUUAUUGGCUCCCUUCAGGAAAAUGUCCUUUACUUAUUAUUAUUAUUAUUAUUA